CCUCCUCCAUACCUCCUCUCUGCUCCACCUACAAACUGCUGCUCUCUCUCUCUCUCUCUCUCUCUCUCUCUCUCUCUCUCUCUCUCUCUCUCUCUCUCUCUCUCUAAAGCAGAAAUGUGGCAGAGCUUGAUCUGACUUGUCCUGCCUGCUGGAAGUAUUUCCUCGCUCUCUGCGGACCUAUUUGGGCGCUUUUCUCGCGCUGUGAUAUGGCCAUUUCUAUCUCUCUCCAGUGUCUGGGGCUCAUCAUACUCGCGGCAGUCCUCCUGCAGACCAUCGCUGUCGCCGUCAGUUUUAUGUACUUCAACAAAGUCCUUAACACGAUGCGAGAGAGUUUCUCCAGGAGCAGCGUGUCCUGUCUGAUAAACGCAGAUCUGCGAUCGGGGUUCGAAGAUUCAGCAGCUGAGGACAAGAAAAGCAACCCCUGCUGGCAAGUCACGCAACAUCUCCACCACCACAUAGAGAAGACGAUGGCUGACAGAUUCCAGAAAGAGAUAUCCUCUGCUAUGAGAAAUAAGCUGACGGGAGCCUUGCCUAUCCUGAACCCUGGGGUCCCUCUUCCUAAAGUUGCUGCCCAUGUGACGGGCGUCAGUCUCCUCACAGAGUCUCCAACAGCUGAGGGCUCGCAGAGCGGCAGGGGGUACCUGGGGGAGCGUAUCAGAGCGUGGGAGGGACAGAGAGGUCUGUCCUUCCUGCAGAACAUGGAGCUGAGAGGAGGAGAGCUGCUGGUGCCCAGAGCGGGCCUUUAUUACAUCUACGCACAAACCUACUUCAGACUCCCUUCCACAGGGGAGACAGAAGGGGAAGCAAAGGGGGAGACAGGGGAAACAAAGGAGGAAGAAGGAGCACAGCUUGUCCAGUAUAUCUACAAGAAGAUGAGUUCCUACACAGUGCCCAUCCUGCUGAUGAAAUCAUCCCGCAGUGCCUGCUGGCCUCGAGGUCAGGAACCUGGUCUCUUCUCCCUGCAUCAGGCUGGUACCGCCUUUCUGCAGCCCGCUGACCGCCUCUUCAUCACGGUCAGCAACGCCAGUGCCAUGGAGAUGGACGGGAGGGCAAGCUACUUUGGGGCCUUCCUGGUGGGCUAAGGAGAGAGACAAUCGUAGAUACAAGUGUCCAGGACUGGGAUGACUUGAUUUAGAUUUCGACAGAAGUUAACCCAAAUGUCAGGGGUUUGCUUGAUAAUAUGAGCAGCUGUCUGAGGAUACAGGAUUGGAGAAAGACACACUGCUGGGACUGUAAAGGACUUCAUCAGGACUGGACCAAGCCCAGUGGCCCAAUAUGACAAGGAGAAGGAAGCCAUUUGGUGUGUAUUUACUCCAGCAGUGACCAAUUGAUUGGUCACAGUUAAACCUCAUACAGGAUAUUAGUUCUGUCUUUAAGACAAACAGAAUGUAUUGCACGAGAGAGCAAACACAGAUUACGUUGUGCAUUCGGAGCACACAGCAUUUUGGAGCAGCACAAUAGAUGCAGAUUAAAUGUUGUGCUCUCGUGUGUGAAUGCCUUCUAUUGAGAGCAGAGUGAGCUGUUUUGCCUGCAGGUCAAACAGUCAUCAGCUGAGUUGUCAUCCCCAGGAAAUGACAGCGGUGUUGGAUACAUGACACUAUACUGAUCUCUUAUUAAAAACAAGUAUCAAAGAAUAAACACCACAAGAAAAGAUUUUAGAUAUUCAA